AUGUCCGGUCCCAACCUACACAACGCUCUCCUCCGUCCACCCAUCAUUCAGAUCUUGCGCGCAGCUGGCUUCCAUGCCACGCGUCCGUCCGUCUUAGAUACACUAGCCGAUCUUACAGCUCGGUAUAUGAUGAUCCUCGCAUCCUCUGUUGCCUCUCACGCAGCCAACGCCCACCCGAACGAUCCUGUCCCGGAGCUAGAAGACAUAUACCAAGCACUUCAGGACGUUGGCGCACUACGGCCGCAAUUGCGAGAAUGGGAGGAGGAUUGGCAAGGGGAGGAAGAUAUGCGGGGACUGGAAAACUUCUUGGGUUGGUUUACAGGACCGGCAAACCGUGAAAUCCGGCGAGUGGCUGGCUUCCUACCUAGCGAGGGUGACAUGAUCGACGCCGAGUCCGUGGAGAAGGAGGAUUUCCUCACAGCUUUGAAGAAAAAGCACAGCAAAACAGGCGAGGAGUCUCGAUACGCGGGCACUGUACUUGGGAAAAAUGCUGAAGAGCAUCCGAUCGUCAUAGAGGGAGGUGUUUCCAGCAUCCAAGAAUGGAGCCAUCAAGUGCGGUCGCGGGCGCCAUAUGUUGCUGACAGCGACUCGUCUGGUGUCAGUAGUGCACCCAGCAACUUGUCAGACGCAGAUAGUAUGGAAGUGUGA